ACCCUGGGAUAUGUAGUGCGUGACUUCCGCAGUGCACGCUGCGCCUGCCGGGCGUUUUUUCUUGGUUUGGGGGCAAGGUCUGAUGGGAAAGGUCAGGUCUCUCGAAGAAAGGUUAUAAACCCUGAGAUAUGAGGGUUGGGCGAGACAUCCGAGCCUGUUGCAUUCCGUGUUGGGACCAGGAAUAACCCAGACUUCUGAGCUUUCAUAACCCCAGGAUCCUCCAGAAAAUUUGCGGCGCGCUGAGGGAAAACCUUGCUGAAGCUGUACAUUGGACUGGGUUUACAGUCAUUGUAAUGGAAGCAAAAUACAUGAAGGAAAAACUGUUAUUUGUAUCCCUGCUUAUUGCACCUGACGACUGGUUGCAGACGGUUUUGUUUACCUAAGAAAAGUUGUGAUAUAAAUGAAAAAAACACCUGUUUUCCUACACUUAUUGGUUACAAAUAUGCUUCGUCUAAGAGCUAUUUGUCCAUCCUCCUGGAGAGUGUUUCAAUUUCGACCCAUCAGUUGUGAACCACUAAUUAUUCAGAUGAAUAAGUGUACAGAUGAGGAGCAAAUAUUUGAUUUUAUUGAAAGAAACAAAGCCAUACUUUCAGAAAAGCAAGUGGGAUGUGCAUUUGAUAUGCUUUGGAAGCUUCAAAAGCAGAAGACCGGCCUGUUAAAAAAUGUUGAGUAUGUCAGAGACCAUCCUCAAUUUCUUACUCUUCAUAAUUUAGCUACAAAUAAAUUCAAAUUAAUGAAUGACGAUACCCUGGUGAAUGUGUUAUACGUCACACAACAGUUUGCUGGUGAGGCCCACGACCCGCUAGUUGAAGCACUAGUUACAGAAGCGUGGAGAAGGCUAGAAAGGUUUGAUAUUAAACUGCUCUCAGAAUUUUCCUCUUGCCUAGCAGAUCAGCAUUUGUAUUUUAGUCCAUUAAUGGGAAAAAUAGCUGAUAUUGUUCAUAGGAACUUGGAAACCACACAGGACUUAAGUUCCUUGUCUGUCUUGAUGGUCAACAUAUCUUCUUUAAUAUCACGACAGUUUCAACAACAACUAGUGAACAAAACAGAACUUCUUUUUGACACCAUAGAUUCUUCUGAGGUCAACGUUGCAAAAAGAAUAGCAGAGUUUCUUCGAAAUGUUAGAUAUCAUUAUCAACCACUAUUAGAAAGAUGUAACAACGUAUUUUUAAGUAACGUGGACCAUCUUGAUUUGGAUUCCAUCAGUAAAAUACUUAGUGUGUACAAAUUUCUACAGUUUAAUAGUUUUGAAUUUAUUAUAAUGGCUAAAAAGAAGCUAACUGAAAUGAUUCCUCUGUGUAAUCAUCCUGCUAGCUUUGUAAAAUUGUUUGUAGCAUUGGGACCCAUUGCAGGACCUGAAGAAAAGAAACAACUUAAAUCAACUAUGUUAUUGAUGUCAGAGGACCUAACUGGCGAGCAAGCCCUGGCAGUGUUGGGAGCAAUGGGAGAUAUGGAAAGCAGAAAUUCAUGUCUGAUUGAAAGAGUUACUUCAGUUCUGCAUAAACAUUUGGAUAGCUAUAAACCAUUAGAGUUGUUGAAGAUAACUCAAGCAUUGACUUUUCUGCAUUUCCAAAGGAAGGAGUUUUUUGUGAAACUUAGAGAAUUACUGCUUAGUUAUUUGAAAAAUAGUUUCAUACCAACUGAGGUGUCUGUUCUGGUCCGUGCUAUUUCCCUGCUCCCUUCUCCUCACUUGGACGAAGUGGGGAUAUCCCGAAUUGAAGCCGUUUUACCACAGUGUGACCUAAAUAACCUGAGUAGUUUUGCCACAUCUGUUUUAAGAUGGAUUCGGCAUGAUCACAUGUAUUUGGAUAAUAUUACUGCAAAACAACUGAAACUACUUCAAAAAUUAGAUCACUAUGGUCGUCAGAGACUACAACACAGCAACGGUUUGGAUCUGUUAUGGAAGGAACUUAAAUCUCUCAAAGGAAACAUGUUUCCUGAGUCACUUCUUGAAGAAAUGAUUGCUACUUUACAGCAUUUCAUGGAUGAUAUUAAUUACAUGAAUGUUGUGGAGAUUGCAUCUUUUAUUUCUAGUACUGAUUACCUCAGUACUUUGCUACUUGAUAGGAUAGCCUCAGUGGCUGUUCAGCAGAUUGAAAAGAUCCAUCCUUUUACAAUCCCUGCUAUUAUUCGUCCAUUCAGCAUGUUGAACUAUGAUCCACCUCAAAGGGAUGAAUUUUUGGGAACUUGCGUGCAACAUCUUAAUUCUUACUUAGGUAUAUUGGAUCCUUUUAUAUUAGUGUUUCUUGGUUUCUCUUUGGCCACACUUGAAUAUUUUCCAGAAGAUCUGCUAAAGGCAAUUUUUAACAUCAAAUUCUUAGCUAGAUUGGAUUCUCAACUUGAAAUUUUAUCUUCAUCUCGAAGUGCAAGAGUCCAGUUUCAUCUUAUGGAGUUAAAUAGAUCAGUCUGCUUGGAAUGCCCUGAGUUUCAGAUUCCGUGGUUUCAUGACCGCUUCUGUCAACAAUAUAAUAAAGGUAUUGGUGGCAUGGAUGGAGCACAACAGCAGAUUUAUAAAAUGUUAGCAGAGGUACUAGGAGGAAUCAAUUGUGUAAAAGCCUCGGUUCUGACGCCUUAUUACCACACAGUAGAUUUUGAGUGUAUCUUGGAUAAAAGAAAAAAACCUCUUCCAUAUGGAAGCCAUAAUAUAGCAUUGGGACAACUACCAGAAAUGCCAUGGGAAUCAAAUAUGGAAAUAGUUGGAUCAAGGCUGCCACCAGGAGCUGAAAGGAUUGCUUUGGAAUUUUUGGAUGCAAAAGCACUUUGUAGAAAUAUCCCUCACAUGAAAGGAAAAUCUGCUAUGAAAAAACGACAUUUGGAAAUUCUGGGGUAUCGUGUAAUUCAGAUUUCUCAGUUUGAAUGGAACUCUAUGGCACUGUCAACAAAGGAUGCUCGGAUGGACUACCUGAGAGAACGUAUAUUUGGAGAAGUCAAGUCAUGUUUGUAGUUUUUAUUUAAAAUGAAUGUUAUCAUGUGUUACAUUUGGACUUAUUUUUAAAAAGUGGCCUGUCUCAAUUAAAAAAUAGGUACAAAUGUCCUAAGGUGGGAACAUGCCUGGCAUGUUUGAGAAUAACAAAGGAUCCAGUGUGGCUGGAGCAGAACAAGUGGGGAGUGGGGUGGGAGUGUAUAAGAGAAAAGAUACACUCUGGCCCUGUCAUUUGACCAAGAGGUCAAAUACAACCUCUUGGCUACUCUGAGUGAGAUGAGAAGCCAUUGGAGGGUUUCAAGAAAGGAAUGAUAUGAACUCACAUUUUAACUGCGUUACUUUGGCUACCUUGUUGAGAUAAGAAAAGACUAUGAUGAGGCAAAUGUGUAAGAAAGAAAACUCUCUAUGAGGUCAUUGCAAUAAUCCAGACAAGAAUGGAUGGUGGCUUGGAGAGAGUGGUAGCAGUGGAGGUAAUGAGAAGUAGUCAGAUUUUUUGGAUGUAUUUUGAAGAUAAAGGCAACCGAAUUUGCUCACUGAUUGGAUAUAAGGUAUGAGAGAAAUAGGAGUCAAGGAUAAUUCUAAGUUUUUGUCCUAAGCAACUAAGAGGAUGUCAUUAGCAUUAACUAAGAUGGGGAUAGUCUACAGGAAGAGCAAGAUGAGGGGGCAGGUGGUGGGGGUUGAUCACAAGUUUGUUUUAGAUAUGUUGAGUUUGUGAUGUCUUUUAAACAUCUAAGUGGAUAUAUCAAAUAGAGAAUUCAGUAAAUGAGCUUGGAGGUCAGGGAAGAGGCCCAGGCCCCAGAUAUAAAUGUAUAAAUGUCAGCAGUAUUCAAUGCCAUGAGAGUAGAUGAAAUCGCUUAAAAUGAGAUCAGAGAAGAGUGUGAAUGGAGGAGAGGUCUGAGGACUGAGUUUUCAGGUGCUCCAACAUUAAAAGAUUAAGAGGAAGAGGAGGAAUCAGGAAAGGAUACUGAGCAGGGAUGGCCAAUGAGGUAGGAGGAAGGAAGGUAGUAAUACUUCCUAGAAGCCAAGUGGAUAAAGCAUUUCAAGGGGGAGGUGAGUAGUUGUAUCAGAUGCUGCUGAUAGGUCAGGAAAGAUGAGAAAUGGGAAAUGGCUAUUAAAUUUAGCAACAUGAAAAUCAUUAGUACUUUGAAAAUAGUCGUUUUGAAGUGGUGCAUGUGAAAGCCUGACUGGUUCAAGAGAAAAUGAGAGGAGAUUAAGUUUUCUCCUAAAUGGAAGCAAAGAAAUGAGGUAGUAGCUGGGUGGACCAAUCUUGACCUGGUGUAAUCCUACACGUUGAGGGAAUAAUGGCUUUUCCCUGUCUUACAACACAUUUAUUCAAUAAAAUGGUUACUAAGGGCCUACUAUGUGAUAUAAUCCCCCACCCUUCCUCUGAGAGUGAUGGUUUUGUGCUCAGCAGGCCACAGCCUAACUACUCUCACUUAGGCCACCUGGUGGUGGUGGAGGUAAUUGACCAUCUGAAACGUGGCUAUUUUCUGACUCCAUGACCCUGUCAAUUCACACUAUCUCAAAAUAAGUUGGUAGCUGGAGUGCCUUCAAUCAUAAGCAUAGCUUUAAAAUAUGUGUCUUGCAUGUAAUUUGCUUCACUGAUAUUUGGCUUAGGCUUAGUUGAAAUACAUGUUUAAAAUAUCCAAUGUCUUUGCAUGAUUUGAACUCCAAUGUUUAAUGAUUUUGUGGAAUAUUAACUUCACAAAACGUUUUGUGAAAAACAAAAUCAGAAUAGUAAGUGAAAGAUGUCUCAUUGUCUCUUCCGCUUUCUGAAUUUCCUCAUACUUAUAUUAGUGGAAAUGCUAAAUUCAGUGUUUAAUUUCCAUGAAAUGUGUUCUGUUUCUCAAGCAAGUGAUAAAAACUAAACCCUUGAAUAGGUUAAAAUACUUUACUAUGCAACUUUAGAAUAAAAUGAUUAGGCUGAUGAGGGUUAUAAAGGGUUUCCCUUGGAUAUAAAUAAUUAAAAAUUUAGUCAUUAUAUACUUGUGGUACAUGGAAAUCUUGAUUGAAUAACCCUGGUAUACUUUCACUAGUUGUUACACAUGAUCUAACUUUUUACCUGUCACAUCUCCUACUCUCUCUAGGCCAGCAGUCCUCAACCUUUUUGGCAUCAGGGACCAUUUUUGCGGAAGACAAUUCUUCAACAGACAGCAGUUGGGGGAUGGUAUGAUUUCAGGAUGAAACUGUUCCACCUCAGAUCAUCAGGCAUUACUUAGAUUCUCAUAAGGAGCAUGCAACUUAGUUCCCUCGCGUGUAUAGUUCACAAUAGGGUUGGUCCCCCUAUGAGAAUCUAACGUAGCUGCUGAUCUGACAGGAGGUGGAGCUCAAGUGGUAAUGCUCACUUGCCUGCCCACUGCUCACCUCUUGCUGUGUGGCCCAGUUGGGGACCCUUGCUCUAGGCUAUCUGAUUCAAAUGGUUUUCUUUAUAUAGAUAUGCUUGUAUUUUUGAUUGAUGAUUUUUCUAUCUAAAUAACUUAGAUUGUUAUAAACAAAAGCAUUUUUUUAUUGAGAUAUAAUCCCAUACUAUAAAAUUCACCCUUUAAAAGUGUA